GGGAAACAUCUGGACCAUGAAGGUGGCCUUCAGAUUGCUUCUCCCGCUUGUUCUUGUGCUGAUCUCGGAGGUGAGCGGGCAGCGGAGGAAGCCUCCCCGGAAACCCACCCGCCCGCCUCCCGAGUUUGUUGAGCCUGUGGAGCCCACGGAGUGUGUUGAGCCUGUGGAGCCCACUGAGCUGCCUCCACCCCUGCCGCCGGGUCCCCCCUCCAUCUUCCCCGACUGCCCCCGAGAAUGCUACUGCCCCCCAGACUUCCCCUCUGCCCUCUACUGUGACAGCCGCAACCUGCGGAAGGUCCCCGUCAUCCCGUCCCGCAUCCACUACCUCUACCUCCAGAACAACUUCAUUGACAACAAUCGCAUCCGGAAGGUGGACAGGCGGGUCCUGGAGAAGCUGGAAAACCUCAUAUUCCUCUACAUGGAGAAGAACCAGCUCAAGGAAGUGCCUGCCUUCCUGCCGCCCAACCUGGAGCAGCUGCGUCUGAGCAGGAACCAGAUCUCCAAGAUCCCUGCUGGGGUCUUCAACAAGCUGGAGAAUCUGGUGCUCUUGGAUCUGCACCACAACAAGCUAAGCGAUGGGGUCUUCAACAAAAAUACCUUCAAGGGACUCAAGAACCUCAUGCAACUCAACCUUGCCCACAACAUCCUGAGGAAAAUGCCCCCCGGGGUGCCCAAUGCCAUCCACCAGCUCUUCCUGGACAGGAACAACAUUGAGGACAUCCCCAGUGACUACUUCAAGGAGUUCCCCAACCUGGCAUUCAUCCGGCUCAACUACAACCAGAUCUCUGACAAGGGGCUCCCCAAGAACUCCUUCAACCUCACCAACUUGCUGGUCUUGCACCUGGCCCACAACAAGCUCACCAACGUCCCUUUCAUCAGCCCCAAGCUGGAGCACCUCUAUCUGAAUAACAACUCCAUUGAAAAAAUCAACGGGACGCAGAUCUGCCCCACCUCGCUGAUGUCCAUCCAGGACUUCUCCCCCUCCGACCUGGACAGCGUGCCCCGGCUCCGGUACCUGCGGCUGGACGGGAACCUCCUGAAACCCCCCAUCCCCUUGGACCUGAUGAUGUGUUUCCGCCUCCUGCAGUCCGUGGUCUUCUAGCCCUGCCCGGCAGCGUGCCCCUGCCAGGACUUGGCUUUGCACAGAGACUCGACCCCCGUCGGUGUUUGGCACGUGGGACCCCCUUUGCCUCCCUCUCCCCCUGCUCACACCCCACCUCCAUCCCUCUUGCCUUCUCCCCUUUCCUCCCCUGCAGCGG